UCGGAAUACGGGCGUUCGUGUCCGCCGUGGUAUUGUGCGCAGCAGGGCAGGUGACCCGCCCCCACCCCCGCGCCUCGACACAGAGCAGAAUUGCUGCUAACUACCGGCUCGGAGCUGCUCUCAAUCGGGCUCUACAACCAGGAACACCAGUUCAUUCCAGCCGUUAAAAGCUCUGUCAGAGACACCACAGCAGAAUGGCGAUCGACGUGACCGAUUCACAGUACCUCCUUAUUCUGGCCCCAUCUCUGGUCAUCAUCCUCAUGUUCCUCUUCUUCUGGCUGUUCAUGAAGGAGACCUCCUACGAUGAAGUCCUGGCUCGCCAGAAACGAGAUCUGAAGUUGCCACCAGUGAAGACGGAUACCCGCAAAAAGAGUGAGAAAAAAAAGAACAAGAAGAAGGAGGUUAGUGGAAGCGGAGGUGGUGGGGGUAAAGGGGGUGAAUCUGAGGAAGACCUGCCAGAUUUUGAUCUGGUUGAGGCUACCAGCUCGACCUUAACUGACGAGCUCCCUGAGGUGGUGCCUGUGCCACAGCCACAGCCACCUUCUGUCCCUGUGCAAUCGGAACCACCAACAGGAGUGAGGGAGAGGAAGAAAAAAGAGAAGAAGGCUAAAGCUGCAGCGUCUGCCUCGGUGGCAGCAGCUGCUCCUCCUCCUGCUCCUGUCAGCACCGGGAAACCGGAAAUCAAUGGCUCAAAGCCUGUUGUUCGUAAGGAGCAGCCCAUCCCCCUUACCAAACAGCCCAGCCCACCACAGGCUCAAGCUACACCUCCAGCUCCAGCUGAGACUACUGGCAAGAAGAAAUCUAAGAAACAGAAGUGUGAGGCUGCAGAAGAGCCUCUGGCUGAGGUGAAGCCUGACCAGUCUCCUGUUGUGGUGAAGAAGGUAGAACCUGUGCAGGCAGAGCUAAAACUGCAGGAUGGUGCUGCUCCUGCCGUCGUUCCUUCUGCACCCGCUACAUCUUCUGGCAGUGGCAGGAGAAAGAGCAAGAAACAAAAGACCGAGGCUGCUGUCAUUGUCAAGGAGGCUCAGGUCCAGUCUUCUUCUCCAGUCAGCCAGACUGAUGCUGUCCCUCCAGCAAACCACCAGAGCAGCAAGAAGGAUGAGAUUGCUGCUCCUUCCCCAUCUCGGGCUUCCGCUAAACAGAGCAAGAAGCAGAAAAAUGAAACUGACAAAGAGAACUCCCGAGUAAAGUUGAAGGAGCUGCUAGCCAGUCUGGGCGGACUGGUGCUAUCUGAUGCUGAUGUGGUUUCUGUGGUCUCUCUUCUUCGUGACAAAAGCCCUAACGUUUUGGAUAACUGGUAUAAAUCUGCAGCCAAGUUUGAGCCGUCACCUCAGCAGUUGGCAGAGAAAGAGCGUCUUCUAACAACCCUAAAAGAAGAAUCUUCCAUCGCCAAGGACAAAGUCAAACAGCUUAGCCAGGAGUUGCAGGCCGAGAAGCAGAAGAGCAACCGUGCAGAAGCCAUGCUACGGGAGCAGCGGGUUGCCAUGGAGAAGGAGGUGAGCGCCAUGCAGGCCAAGGCUCAGGCCAGCUUCCAGGAGCUUCAGAGCAUGCAGAUGAAGUUCCAGAGUGUGAAAGAGCAACUAGAGGGGCAAAUCAGCCGACUUCAGAAAGAGAACAACAUCUUUCGUGAUGCUGUCAGCUCAGCCGCCGCUCCAAUAGACAACAAGCAAAACACCGAGCUGAACAAUCUGCGCUCUGAGUGUUCGAGUCUGAUGAAAGAGUUGACCGAGACCAAGAACAAACUACAGCAGGAAGAACUCCAGAGAAAGACCUUGGAGGUCAAAUACAAGCAAAGCGUAUCGCAGCUCGAGGCCCAGUUACAGGAUGCUAAGCGGCGUUGGGAUGAGCUGCAGAGCUUUUUGCACAGUGUGAACACAGAGAGAGAGAAACUGCAGGCUGCCAAACAAGAGCUGCAGAGUCAGUUGCUUGCGGUAGAGACCGAGAUGAAUAAUAAAAACAAGGAGAUCCAGACCCUUCACAGCAGUUUGACCGACACCAUGGUUUCCAAGGAGCAGGUAGAGCAAAAGGUCAUGCAGCUCUUGGAGGUUUCGCAGCACAACUUGCAGCCUGACAACUCACUACAGGCCCAAGUGCAGGAUCUUCUUUCUGAGAACAAAUCACUCAAAGUUCAAAUUGAGGGUCUUCAGCAUCAGGUUACCUCUCAGGCAAAUGCAGUAUCCCAUUUUGAGGAGCUUCAAAAACUUCUGGCUGAGAAGGAGCACCAAAGGAAGAGUCUGGAGGAUUCCCUUAAUGCAGAAAGAAGCAGUGGUGCCAGUCGGGAGACUAACCUGCAGGCCUUUCACAGUGAAAACGUAUGCCUGACAGCAGAGGUCCAUUGUCUAAAAAAUCAGAUUUCUGAGCAGACCUCCUCCCUGUUGGCAAUGGAUCAACUAAAGCUGAGCCUUCAAGAAAAGGAGGAGAAGAUUAAGACUGUGGAGGUGCUGCUGGAGACUGCACUUAUUCAGGUGGCCAAUAAGGAAGAGGAACUUAAGACUGUAAGAGAAGAGAAGGACCAUGUGAAGCGGCACAUUGACGCCCUGCAGCAGCAGACAGCGGAGCAGAAGCAAUCUGACACAACACUGCUGGAGGAGCUGCAGAGACAGAUUCAGGAGAAGGAUGAAAAGAUCAGGUCAAUUGAAGAGAGUUUACAGUCAGCACUGAAAAAGGAAUCGAUCAGAGUGAACGCUAUUGAGGAUCUGGAGAAGCAGUUGGAGAAUGUGGCAGCCAAACUGGAAAAAGUGCAGAGCAGAGGAGCUCUGGAGAACACUGAAAUGAAAGCUCAGAUUCUGGAGCUCCAAUCUCGGUUAACUAUUAAAGACCAAGAGAUCCAGAGACUAGAGAAACAGUAUGAAGAGAAAGCCAGAGAAGUGAAGGACAAGAUGUUAUCCAGUGCUCAGCUUGUAGAAUUUCAGACUCAGUUGGCUACAAAGGAGCAGGAGCUUCAGAUACUACAGAAGGAGAUUGAGGAGAAGACCAGACAAACGGAACAGAGGAUGGAACAGCAGCAACAGAUGGCAUCAGCAAUUCCCAAUAAGGAAUUUCUGACUGCAAUCACAGAAAAGGACAGGCAGCUUUCUGAUGUUCAGGUUGAGCUGCAUGAGCUAAGGGAGAAAGUGGAGCAUUACAGGAAGAAGAAUAAUGAGCUUCGGGAGAAAAACUGGUGCGCUAUGGAGGCGCUGUCAGCCACCGAGACCAUGCUUCAGGGAAAACUCAGCAAGACCGUCAAGGAGAGUCAGCUCUCACUCGAGGCGGCUGAGGCUGAAUGUCGAGCAGUUCUCCACAGACUUCUCCCACAUGUGUCUCUGCCAACUGAUCAGAGUCAUAAAGCGUGGCUGCAGAACUUUGAGAGCGCCAUGAUGAAGGCGUCGACUGGAGAUUCCGCUCCAUCCGUUCAGGAUUUGACAGAAAAGUUAAAGGAGGCUAAAGAAGCCCAGACAGUUUUACAGAAGGAUUGUGACACGUACAAGAAAGUUUUAGCAGAUACGGAGGGUAUUUUGCAGCGGCUACAGAGCAGUGUGGAGCAGGAGGAGAGCCACUGGAGGGAGAAACUGGAGCUGGCUCAGAUCGAGCUCAGAGAGAUGACUUUGAAAGUGACCGUGUUGGAACAGGAAGUGGACAGACUAAGUGCAGAUGGAGAACUGGAUAGUCUAAGACGAGAGAAGCAUCACCUGGAAUCUGAACUCGAGAGAGCGGAGCGUGAAAGUGCAACUUAUGUGUCGGAGGUCAGAGAGCUAAAAGAUCUCUUGACCGAGUUACAAAGUAAGCUCGAUGGCUCCUAUACAGAGGCCGUCAGGCAAAAUGAAGAGCUGAAUUUGCUGAAGACCCAGCUGACUGAAACUCUCGGGAAGCUGGAGAUGGAGGAGAGCGAGCGACUGAAAGUAGCUGGAGAUCUCUACAAGGCCCAGCUGUCUCUAGAGCUGAUCCAGGAGGAGAUCUUAAAGGAAUCAGGGCAAAGCAACCAGAUCCAGAACAGUACUCUAACCACUGAGGAAGAGAUCGAGCACAAGGAGAAGAUGGCAGCAGGGUUGAACCAGACAGUGCAAGAACUACAGGAAUUACUACAGGCUGUCAAACAACAACUUACCAAGGGACAAGAGAGGUGUGAUGGAGACAAGUAGCUGAGAAAGUAGUGACAGUCUCUCUCUUUUGAAGGCCAGUUCUGUUCCACCCCCAUUCAACUCUGGAUCUCCUGUUUUCCUUUACACCUGAUCUGAUGUGUGCUCUCCUCCUCCACACCACUGACUCCUUCUAGUCCCAUCCAAGAAGAGCAGGGAUUGGCCAAAGCAUGGCCACAUACACUCCAUUCUUCAACCCAUCUGAAUCUUUUUUUUUUUUUCCAGACUAUGUUUCUCUACAGUGGAAUUCUUUAUUGUCAGUAAAGCUGUCAGAGCUAAGCCAUCCGAAUAGACACAACGGUUAGACUGGUUUAUGUUUUGAUUAACUUUUAAAUUCCUUUUUGGUUGAACCGCUUUGAAUACGAUAUCUUUGUUAGCGUUCUUUGACAGAAGGGUUUUUAUCCUUUUCGUAAAAAUGAAAGUUGAGGCUAUGCGUGUUUUAAAGACUCUGAGAUAACUGUGUACUGACACUUCACUACAUUUGUUCUGCAAUCUAAAACUUGUGUAAUCAUAUACAACAUACACAUGAACCAAAUACACCACGUGUUGAGUUUUCUGAAUGUUAUUUUUGCUUUUCAGGGUACCUAUUUUAAACAUGUCUGUUGAUGUAAAAAAAAAAAGAAAAAGGGAGCCAUGUGUGGGUUUUGUGCUAUACUUUUAAUGCCACUGCACCAAUCUGGCAGAUGAAAGUCAGAUGCACCAUUCAGCAGUAACAGAUUUCUAGUAUAAUGGUGAGGGGAAAUAGGCAUUGCAUCAACUAUUCAAUACACUCAUGUAUUUCAUUAACCAGGAAUAUUUCGGGGGUUUUUUUGUUAAGCAGGUGAGUGUUAUUAAAAGGGAUGCUUGAUAAAUA